AUGGAAAUCAAGAAGCGUUCACGCUCCCACUCUCGAACCCACUCCCACUCGCGCUCCCGCUCAGGACACAAACAGAAAAGAUCAGACUCAAAAUCCAAAUCCAAGUCCAAAGACAAAACCAAAACCAAAUCAAAGCACCGAAAAGGAAAAGAAACCCCCGAACAGCCUGAAGAUACCAGCUCCACCCCCUUCCCCCUCAACGAGGGCCUCCUCACCAUGGAAGCAACCACCGAAAAAGACCUCAUAACCUCCCUAAACCUAAUAUCCGACAGCGUCGCCCAACAACGCCAAAAGACAUCUAGCGCCAUGAUCCACCACUGGCUCUUCCCGCUUCUAAUGUGCGUCAUCGCGCAUUUCAUCUACACUCGCCUCUAUCAGUAUCCUGAGGACAUUAUCCUUGUAUCCCUCAUGUGGUUUAUCUCCCUGAUGAUGAUACUGCUUCUUAUUCAGUAUUUUACCGCGGGGUAUAUUUCCGAAGCGGAACGAGUGGGAAGAUGGAGUUGGUUGUUUGGUAAGGAUUGGGUUAUGACAUUUGAGAAGGAUUUUGUUCCUUGUCCUGCGGGUGAAAGGAAUGGAAAUGGCGGUUCUGGACUGCCCAUUGUUGAUACCAGGUUUUUAAAAUGGAUGAAAUUCCAAGAUGUUUGGGUACGAGUUCCGGGUGGUGACGUUCUCACAGCUGACAAAUGGGCCGAAGAGAAAUACAAAGAAUACAAAAAGCAAAAUGGACCAAUCCCACGCAUAGAUCCAAAUUAUCCCACAGAAACAAUCUGUGUCGCAAGCGGCUGGCUUCGCGAUACAAUCUUCGUCACCCGAUUCAAAGGCAAAAUCAUAGCCACGCUUGUCCUUCGCGUGGUACCCGUUGAUAUGGAUGUGGUGGCUAAUCUGCAUCGAAUCGGAUUAACGAAUACGAGUGCGGAGUUUGAAUCGGUUCCUGUCCAUAAUACCUGCAGGGUGAAAGCGGUUAUUCGCGCUUGGACCGUUAUGCAAAUGUAUCGGGGACACGGGGUUGGAAAGGAGAUAUUGCAGUUUGCUAUUGAGUGGGCUAGAGAGAAUGGGUUUGGAGGGCCGGAGUUUGCGGUGGAUCAUGUGAAUUCAUUGAGGAUUGUGCUGGACUUUUAUUAUGUGGAUGUUGAGAAGAUGGAGAGGAGGGCUAAGGAGAUGUUGAUUAGGGAGAGGGAGGCGGCGGAGAGGAGGGUUGUGGAGUUGUGUGCUCAGGAUAGGGAGAAGGAUCUGCUUUGGAGGGAAUCGCAGGGAGAGAUACUUGUUAAGGAUAUGGAUGAUGUGAAAAUUGUUCCUGAGACUGAAAUCUCUUCUUAA